AUGAGUGAAAACAAUUUUGAGGUGAUCAAUGACGACAAUGACAGCAAUGACAGCGUUCCUUCGGAUCUGUCAUUUGAGUUCACCGGAGAGAACUGUCAGAAACGAGUUGAUGAGUUUGUCGCCAUCACCUAUACAAACGAUGCACUGGCGCAGAUGUUUCUUCAGGACCGCAAGUGGAACGUCGCUCGGUCAGUCAACGAUUACUUCAAUGAGCUGACUGCCGAAAAUGAGAAAAAGAUGAAAAAGCAACUCAAAGAUGACAGUGAUAGUGAAUCGGAUGAAAAGGAGGACGAUGAAGAUGAAGAUGAUAAAGUUGCCAGCUUCAAAAAGCAAAAGCUGGAAGCUGGGCCAAGUGCGCCGAAAGUUGAAUCUGAUGAAGCCACAGGCAGUGAAGGAAAGCAACAAAAGCUUUUUCGCCACAUUACCUGGAAUAUCGAUGGACUGAACGAUAAGAACCUCAAGGUUCGAACUGAGGCUGUUUGCAGCCGCAUUGUCAAGGAAAAAGCAUCAUUUGUUUUUCUUCAAGAAAUUACCCAAGAAAAUGAGGGAAUCAUCCGUGCAAAGCUGAAGGACAGUUUUGAAAUAUUUUCUGGUAAAACUUAUGAAGGCGGGUACUACAGCUUGACAUUGGUCAGCAAAGAACCGUUCAUAAAAGUCCAAAACAAUGAAAUCAUCAACUUCCCAAGUAUUAUGGGUCGAAAUCUUCUGCAGACUAACGUCACUCUCCACGAUGCAAAGAUUUGCCUUUUGAAUACCCAUUUGGAGAGUACAAAAGAAGGCGAAGCCUAUCGUAUACAACAACUGUCAUCCAUGCUAAAUCACAUUAAGAAAAUUGGCCCUGAUGUCACGGUUAUUGCUGGAGGCGAUCUCAAUCUUCGUGACAAAGAGCUUGCUGGAAUUGGGGGAUUACCGCCUAACAUCGUCGAUGCCUGGGAAGCAUCUGGUAGUCGCAAAGAACUUCAAUUCACUUGGGAUAUGAUGCGCAAUGAUAAUUUAAACUUCCAGUCUGAUUCAAAAGUAUUACUGGAAACGGUAGUACAAGUGCUGCAAAUUACACACCAAGUGGAACACCAUUGUGGUUGA